AUGAAGUGUUUCAUAUUAUGAGGUCGUGAAUUAAACAGAAAGAAGAACAAAGGAUAGCCUACACAUCCACCACGGGUGUGGGUCUCUAUGAAGCAUAUUGCUGAAACUAUUCACGUUAAAAGACCACACUGCCCAUUUCCGACACUUCCUCCAUAGGAAGCACGGGACCCUGUGCGCACGGCGGGAUUGGUCCAUCACAACAUCGGGUAUCUGCUCUCGGGCUCUCACACUGCUAGCUAGCUGUCUGUCUGUCGUGGUACAGACGCUACUUGAACCGCUGCUGAAGGAAGAGAAUACACCCUAAAAUUCAGACUUGUUGCCUAAAUAACACGUUAAGGCUCCCAUCUGAUGGAGCAGUGGUUGUCUGUCUUUGCUAAGAAGAGGUACCAUGUUUCCUUGUCACGUAACGCCCUGGCCCACCGCUGAGCCGCCGGCCUCCUGCGGUCAUGCGCCCCCAUCACAGGCCUCAAAACCUCUGCCUGAUUUGCUGUGCAGCUGUCCCGCUCCAUCUUUGAACAGCCACUCCGAGACGCCCUCCCCAGACCCCAUGGAGUCCCUCAUCGUGGUCACGGAAUACGAAUCCAGCAGACCGCCCGGAGAGGAGGAGGUAGGAUCAAACACGCACUACAUGCACCAGAGAUGGAGCAUAAUUGGAAAUGUAGAAGCCAUGGACAGUUCGGAGACGCCUGAGCCGGCUUCCUCUGUGAAGGCUUCUUUCCGGACCCCUUCCUGCGACCUGUUGUCCCACACGGUGGGCCGGUCGGCGGCUCUGCUGCCCGGGAGCCAAGAGCAAAGGGGGAGAUUAAGCAUGUCGGACCGGAAACUAUCCCUGCAGGAGCGCUCGCAUACGGCAUCAUCACCCUCCAGCUCACCGGGACUCACCGGGCGCCAUAUUUACCCGUCUUUACCCUACUCUCCCAUCACGUCGCCUCACUCCUCUCCACGCUUGCCCCGCCGGCCCACUGUGGAGUCCCACAGUGUUUCCAUCACAGACCUCCAGGACUGCGUUCAGCUCAACCAGUACAAGCUGAAGGAUGAGAUUGGAAAGGGCUCCUAUGGCGUUGUAAAGCUGGCCUACAAUGAGGAUGACAACACAUACUAUGCGAUGAAGGUGUUGUCCAAGAAGAGGCUGAUGAGGCAGGCAGGUUUCCCACGGAGACCUCCUCCUCGUGGAGCCAAAGCAGGCCCUGAGGGACCCCCUCAGCUCAAAGGACCCCUGGAGCGGGUCUAUCAAGAGAUUGCCAUCCUGAAAAAGCUAGACCAUUCCAAUGUGGUGAAGCUAGUAGAGGUUUUGGAUGACCCCAGCGAGGACCAUCUGUACAUGGUGUUCGAGCUGGUCAAGCAAGGGGCUGUCAUGGAGGUGCCGACAGAUAAGCCUUUCAGUGAGGACCAGUCACGCUUUUACUUCCAAGAUCUGCUCCGGGGAAUCGAGUAUCUGCAUUAUCAGAGGAUCAUCCACAGAGACGUGAAACCCUCUAACCUGUUGGUGGGAGAAGAUGGACACAUCAAGAUCGCAGACUUUGGAGUCAGUAACCAGUUUGAGGGCGCUGAUGCUCUGCUAACCAGCACAGUGGGAACGCCUGCCUUCCUCGCCCCUGAAGCGCUCUCUGAAACCAGGAAGAACUUCUCCGGAAAGGCUUUGGAUGUUUGGGCCAUGGGAGUGACGCUUUACUGCUUCGUCUUUGGAGUGUGUCCUUUUAUGGACGAGCGCAUUGUUAGUCUGCAUCAGAAAAUCAAGACGCAACCUGUGGAGUUACCUGAAAAUGCUGACAUCUCAGAUGAUCUCAAAGAUUUGUUGCUGAAAAUGCUGGACAAGAAUCCAGAGACCAGAAUAUCAAUCCCUCAGAUUAAGGUACACCCGUGGGUGACGAGGCACGGAGCUGAGCCUCUUCCUCCGGAGGACGACAACUGUUGUAUGCUGAUUGAGGUGACGGAGGAGGAGGUGGAGAAUUCUGUGAAACACAUCCCCAGCCUGGCCACAGUGAUACUGGUGAGAACCAUGCUGAGGAAGCGCUCCUUUGGGAACCCCUUUGACUGGGCUCGUAAAGAGGACCGCAGCAGUCUCGGUGCCCCGGGGCAAACUCUCACGAAAGGCAGAGCAGGCAAUGUGAGAUACUGCUACAUUCAUUGUAACCAAACAAGGAAACAGGAGAGCGGGGAUGGCAUGAGGACUUUGGAGCUGCCCUACGUGGGAGAGGACGAGGCUCUCUCCUGAUGCAGAGGGUUCCUGAUGUUCAGUGUUAUCUUCCUGCCUGCAAACACCACCCUUUACUCACAGUUUUAUACUGGCAGCUCACACCUGUGUACAUUUCCUGGAAGGUGGACGUACGGUGGGUGCAGAAAAAAAAAGAAGUUAAGGAUCUAUGAACAAUUUUGAAGAUUUUCUCUCCUCUUAAAAAGGCUCAGCUUGCAGGUUGUGGGACUGUCCUAUGGGAGAAUUCCAUGAGAGGAUCCUCUUCAUCGUUUAUUGCCUGACCCACUCUGCUCCUCUUCAUCCCGCAUGCGUUUAUAGUCCCAGCAUGCAUUGUCUCAGGCUUCAACUGUACAGUGUUUCCUUGUAGUCUUGCCACUUGUGUUCUCCUUGUCUUUACUCGACAAUUCUUUCAGGUAUACAGGGCACGGGAACAGGCGAUGGUGGUGGGUGUUAUGAGGAGGGAUGGUUGUCUUCAUCAUCAACUCGACUUCCUCUGUUGUGGAGCAGGUUUUCUUGACAAUGAUUGUCUGGUUCUUUCUGCUUCAGAGGAGCAGGGCCCAGUUUUGUAACAUAUUUUAAAGUGAGGAAUCUGUACAGUUUUUCCCAAAAUGAAAAAAGGGGAGUGAAGAAAUGUUUACUUCAUUGAAUGCAUGUGUUUACAUUACCAAUGCAAACACCCUAUAAGCUAUGUAUGAAACAUUUGCACGCUCAUAGCCACACGUUUGACACAAUUUUCACCGUCUCUUUAUGACUUUAUUACAAUCAAUAGAAAGCUUUAAAAUAGUUGAUAUUUAGUGCUUUGUGAGCAUACUGCAUAUAAGAUAGCUUAAAAAAAAGAGUUUUUCUUUUGCAAAGCAAGUUCUUUUGAUAUGAUUCUUAGAUGUUUGCUGUAUAUUUUUUAAAGUGAUACAGCUUCAACGAAUUGAGUAACAAUGGUACUGAUCUACCAAAUGCAUAUGAGAAAAAAACAGAAUGUGUUGGUACAAAAUCAUUCUGUCUGCAAUGGUUCAAAUGUUGUUGUUUUUUACUUUUCCAGUUAUUUGGUUGUGUGUUGUGAUGCUGAGUUUCAACUGUGUCAUGUGUUUUUUAAUGUAGACUGAAAACAGAAAAUCAUAACUAUUGAACCUCAAGUUGAAAUUUUGAAUGUCCUUGUUUUAUUUGUUUUGUAUUUUCAGGACACCAAAAACAUCAAAUUAUGUCUAACUUUGUAAAAUAGAGUACAGUAAAGAAAACAAACCUUUAAACUGUUUUGUUCUUAGACCUGGCUACUAAUGUACAUCUUGAGAAAGAUGCAUAGUGCCGCUGCAGACUCUUUGUACAAAUCUAUGCAUGAUGUAUCUGUAGAAAAAAAAACAUAGUCAUCUCUGAUCAAGGCCGGCCUGAAAAUAUUUCAAAUGAGUUGUAAGUUACUUUUUUACUUAUUGAUGUUUUAAGCAGUAAAAAUUCAUCUUCAACUUUUCUUCCACCUUCUCAUUUUGUUAGUGUAAAUGCAGAUAAAGGCAAUUGAUGCAUCUCCAACAUAGAAUAUUGACACAAUAUUAAAUAUACCAUGUAAUGCUUCCACAUUUUAAUUAUUCAGCACGCUUGUGUUGAAUGUAUGAGAAAGGGACUCCAUUUUUUUGUUACUUACUACUGACAUGUCACUCUCGUCUGUCUGUUUUCUAAGACUAGCACUAUGCAUAUGACGUGUUCUCUCUGGCAGGGUGUCACACACAGUGGCUGGGUGUGAUUCCACUUUGUUUUUGUUUAUCCAUGUGUUUCCAAAAAGAUGCAAUUAGGUCUUGCUCCUUACAGUAAAGUGCUGCAAAUCCAGAUUAGAUUGUUCUUUACUUAAUGAUAAUUUAACUUAAUGAUAAAGCUCAGUAAUGAUAGACAAUUAUGUUUUAAUGCCCUUUAUUUGGACAGAUAAGUGCAGAAAUGACUCAAUUUGUGUUGUACUGUAAAUGUCACCUCUUUUAAAAAUUCAAAGACAUUUUUCUGAAUUAGUUGCUGUUGUUAAAUAAAAUGAAGUUACGUUGGGAAAAAUAAGACGGGCAAUUCCACUUUUGAAGUUAUUUUGCCCUUCAUGAGGAUCAAGAGCGGUUUGGGUGUGACAUAAAGCUGUAAGAUUAAUAUAUAUAAUAUUUUAACUUCGAGUUGGUUUCAAUUCGUGUUUCUUUCAGAGGGCCAGGCUAAGUGAUUCACCUUUAUUAAUCACAUGGUUUUGCAUUCUGAGUGUACAUUUAUUUGAGCUUUGGGGGCUCUACUCCACUAAAUGCAUGCCAACAUACUGCACACAUACCACUGUAUUGUCAUAGCAUGAGAGGUCCUUGAUAAAACAUAAACGGGACCUGUAAACUAAUUAUUCUAUACAUACUGUAUCUUGUUCAUCUUUGAAUAAAAUAUUAUUGCCUUUC